AUGUCUACCUUUCCCACCAUCGAAGCAACCGAGUUGGAUCUUUCUCUCAACCUCAACGAUGGCGGUAGAUCCUUUCGUCUGAGCUUCCAAGCCGUCGGCAAGUUCAAGCUUUCUCUGAUGGAGACAACCAAUGAGACGACUACUGAGUCUCUUCCAGAGACGACCAACAAGUCUCAAAGCAAGAAGGACGACUGGGAAGAUGACAGCAAAGUGAGCUCCGAUUCCGAUUCCGAUUCCGAUUCCGAUUCCAAUCGUUUGUCGAGUGUUGCUGAAAGUGACUCUGAAACCGACUCUGACUCCGACCCGUGCAUCUUCAGCAACAAGAAGAAGCUAGCCAUCAAGAAAGCUGCCAUCAAGAAAGAUGCCAAGCCAGCCGCUCGCACUACCAAGGUCAAGAAAGAGGUUGUUGAAAUUGACGACUCGCCUCCCAAGAAAGUCAAAGCUCCUCCCAUCAAGCGAGCACCCGUCAAGGCAGCUGCCAAAGCACCCGUCAAAUCAGCAGUCAAAGCACCCGUCAAACCAGCAGCCAAGGCCACUCGUACCACCACCAGAAACCGAAACCUCCGCCGUGGUCAAUAUGCUACCAGCUUGGUCGAUGAUGGAGAUGGCUUGCCCGAAGUUCCCGCUUCCCAAGAGUUCUGGUGAUGAAGCCUUGCACAAUCAGUAGCAGAUCUAUUAACCCAAGUCACAGCGGCGUAUCAUGUAGCAGGUGACCAACCAGAGUAAGAUUAUAGCAUC